AUGCCCCCCAAAUACGCCGGCUUAUCAGGCAGGCCCCUCUCGUUGGCCGUCUCGACCAUCGCAACGAUGGGCUUCCUGCUCUUUGGAUACGACCAGGGCGUUAUGUCCGGCAUUAUCAGCGCUGCCCCGUUCAAUGACGUCUUUACCGCGACCAAGGACAAUAACACUAUGCAGGCGGCUGUGACGGCCAUUUACGAAGUUGGCUGCCUCUUCGGGGCUAUUUUCGCCCUCAUCUUCGGCGACCGUCUCGGCCGGCGCUGGAUGAUCAUCAUCGGCGCGACAGUCAUGAUCACCGGCGUCAUCAUCCAGGUAACGGCCUUCCCCGGCCACAUCCCCCUGCUGCAGUUCAUCUUCGGGCGCACCAUCACCGGCCUGGGCAACGGCAUGAACACGUCCACCAUCCCGACGUACCAGGCCGAAUGCUCCAAGACCAGCAACCGCGGGCUGCUGAUCUGCAUCGAAGGCGGCGUCAUCGCUAUCGGCACUAUGAUCGCCUACUGGAUCGAUUUCGGCGCGCACUACGGCCCGGCUGACCUGACCUGGCGGUUUCCCAUUGCCUUUCAGAUCGUGUUUGGCGUGAUCAUUAUCGUUGGUAUGGUCUAUCUGCCUGAGUCGCCGCGGUUUCUGAUCACCAAAGGCCGUAUCGAGGAGGGAGAGUAUGUCCUGGCCGCGCUGAGCGGGCUGGAGGUGGACGACCAUGAGACCCAGCUCCAGAAGGCGCUGGUCAUUGAUUCCGUGCGAGCGUCCGGCGCCCUGGGCAAGCAAGUAUCCAUGUCCGACCUGUUCACCAGCGGCCGGACACAGCAUCUCCGGCGCAUGCUCAUCGGCGCGUCGUCGCAGAUCUUCCAGCAACUGAGCGGCUGCAACGCAGUCAUCUACUACCUCCCCGUCCUGCUGAAGCAGUCGCUGGGCCAGGCAAACAACAUGGCGCUGCUGAUCGGCGGCGUCAACAUGAUCGUCUACUCCAUCUUCGCGACCUUUUCGUGGUUCUUCAUCGAGCGGAUCGGGCGACGCAAGCUGUUCCUAGGCGGAACUGUGGGCCAGCUAGCAGCCAUGACGAUCGUAUUCGCGUGUCUGAUCGGGGGAGACAAGAGCAGCGCCAACGGCGCCGUAUUCGGACUGUUUCUGUACAUGUGCUUCUUCGGCGCAACAUGGCUGCCGCUACCAUGGCUGUAUCCAGCAGAGAUCUCGCCCGUCAAGACGCGCGCCAAAGCCAACGCCAUAUCCACUUGCAGCAACUGGCUGUUCAAUUUUACGGUCGUCAUGAUCACGCCUGUUAUGAUUGAGCACAUCCGCUGGGGUACCUACCUGUUCUUCGCCGCCAUGAACGCCUCCUUCCUCCCCGUCAUCUGGCUGUUCUACCCGGAGACGGCCCACCGCAGUCUCGAGGAGAUUGACCUCAUCUUCGCCAAGGGCUAUGCUGAGAAGAUCAGCUAUGUGCGUGCGGCUAGGGAGUUACCUAAGUUGUCUGACAAGGAGGUUGAGGCGAGAGCCGCUGAAUAUGCACCGGAGGAUGUCGAGAAGGCUGUAGCUAGUCAGGAUGGGGGGAGUUACUGA